GUGAAAUGAGUGAAAGUCAAGCAAAGAAAGUUCGAAUCAAAGAAGUUGAUGGUUGGACCCUCAAGAUGAUCAUUGAAUAUAUUUACACAGGGGAAAUUACAGUUACAGAAGAAAAUGUACAGGUACUACUCCCAGCAGCCAGCUUGUUGCAGCUUCAGGAUGUAAAAAAAAGUUGCUGUGAUUUUUUGGAAACUCAGCUUCAUCCUGUCAACUGUUUGGGUAUUCGAGCAUUUGCUGAUGUGCAUGCCUGCAUUGAGCUUCUGAACAAGGCCAACACAUUCGUAGGUAAGUGGAAGUUCAAUUCUAAAAAUGAGGAUUGUGGUAUUUUUAACUUUGGAGAAGCCAUAUUGCUCACAUUAAAAAGAAUGUAAAUUACAACAGAGAAAUUAAAGUUGUACCGAUAACAAACAAAAAUUGUUUUAUGAUUUGACAUUAGCAAAGCAGCCAAGAGGUUGAAUAAAUUUCAAAAACUAAAUUUUAAGAUUAAAAUAUAUAUUUAAACAAAUUAGUAUUAAAUCUUUGAAAACUGGCACUUUUUCCCUUUCUCAAAAGAUUAAUGUAGUAAUACAAUAGUAGGAUUCAAUUUGCCAGAAUAAAGAAAAGAAUUAUUGUUAAUGUGCCAAUUCAAUAGACAGCAAUUCAGUUUCCCAGAAUACUUUAGCUAUAAUAGUGAUAAUACAGCAAAAGCAACUAGUUUUUUAUCUGGCCACCUACCAUUUCUGAGAAAUGCUCUUCUGCAUUGUAUCAUCAAGGGUCUGUGUUGAGAAUUAUUCCACUUGUAUUAACAAUACAUGUAUGCUUGCGUCUGUGGAGUUUACCUUCCGGAAAGCAAUUUCUUUUUUUUCUUUUUUUUGAAAAGUUUUUAUUUUAUUUUAAUUGAACAAAAACACAAAAAAAGAA